AUGUGUAUGGUCUGCCAACAGAUUAUGUCUGAGCAUAACUACACCAUAGGCCGAGACUUCUUCCUCAUUGGGUUCCAGGAUCUUCAUGACUACAAGAUACUACUCUUCAUAUGUAUCCUUACAAUGUACAUUAUGACGGUAAGUGGAAACCUUCUCAUUAUCCUUUUGGUGUCCACCAGUCACCUGGCCCAGUCCCCCAUGUACUUCUUCCUCUGCCACCUCUCUGUAUGUGACUUUCUGUUCUCUACCAAUAUUGUCCCUAAGAUGAUGCAAGUUACCCUGUUAGGCGGUAGCUCCAUCUCUUUUUCUGGGUGUAUUACCCAAUUCUAUGUCUUUGCUUCCUGCACUGCCACAGAAUGUUAUCUCCUCACCGUCAUGUCCUUUGACCGAUUUUUAGCCAUUUGCGUUCCAUUGCGUUAUACCUCUGUUAUGGAUCCUAAGCUUCGUCUCCAUCUGGUGACAUGGUCAUGGUUACUCGGAUUCCUCUUUGUGCAGAUCACCAUCUUCCUGAUCUGCCGGCUACAAUUCUGCAAUAAUAUGAAUAUAGACCAUUUCUACUGUGACUAUCUCCCAAUGCUGGAACUUUCCUGCUCAGACACGUCCCCUGUUGUGUUAGAAAUAUUCUUCUUCACCAAUAUCAUAGUCCUCUUCCCAUUUCUGUCUGUUGUAGGCAGCUAUAUCUCCAUCUUCAUUGCCAUCAUGGGGAUCUCAUCCACCACCGGCAGACAGAAGUCCUUUUCCACCUGCAGCUCUCAUCUGACCAUUGUAUGUUCCUACUAUGGGUCUCUCCUCAGUAUUUAUCUCAUUCCAUCUGGAGGACACUCAAAUAAUAUUAACAAGUCUUUGUCUCUUUUGUACACUUUGGGAACCCCAUUGUUAAAUCCUGUUAUAUAUUGCCUCAGGAAUAAAGAAAUACGUAAGCAGUUUUACAAAUUAUUCUAG